AUGAAACGGACCUGCCUGUUGAUCUGUGUGUGCCUUCUGACCUGGAAUGUGGCCAGUGCGUCCUAUCUGCGAGCCAUCGAACUCAGCCAAUUGAGCAAGUCAAGCAGUCUCCAACAACAACAGCAGCAGCUGCGUGACUUGAACAAUGAUGACUCCAAUUUGGAUGAAGCCACGACCAUUUUGCCUAGCUCCAGUGAGGAUUACGACAGCCGUCCACAAUACACAUUUGCAUACGAUGUGCGCGAUACGCUGACUGGGGACGAGAAGCGACAGGAGGAGAAGCGCGAUGGCGAUUUGGUUAAGGGUCAAUACUCGCUUGUCGAGCCGGACGGCACGCGACGCAUUGUGGACUACACGGCGGAUGAUGCAAGCGGCUUCAAUGCAAUCGUAUCAAAGCAGCGUCUGGAUGAACGGCUCAGCACAUCUCAAGCAUCCUCCUCCUCUACUUCAUCAAAGUCCUCUCGUUACAAUAGCAUUGAGGAGCUGCAGUCACGCCUCACAGCCCACGCCAUUGCCGAAGCCCAGGCCAUAGCCGAUGCCCAACAGCAGUCGCAGUUGCAACUGGAAGCACAGGCGCGCCGUGAAUCCGAAAACCAAGCGCGUCUGCAAUCCCAACAGCUGAUGGAACAAUUCCAGCAGCAAGUGCAGCAAACGGCCCAGCUACGUCAGCAGCAGGAGCAACAGCGUCAGCAGCAGGAGCAACAGCUGCGCGAAUUGCAGCGCCAGCAAGAGCAGCGCGAUCGUGAGCAGCGCGAACGAGAUCAGGAGCGUCGUCAGCUGCGCGAGCGGGAACAAGAACGGCGUCUUAGCCAGAGCCAAAGCCAAAAUCAGCGUCUCCUCGAGCGUCUCAGCAAUCAGCAGCAAUCGUUGCUGUUGCCCAACUCCAAUCAGCUGCUUGGUCAACGUGUUCAGGCCAACGUUGUAUCCCAUCCGCAGACUCUGAUAUCUCGCCUGCCCUCAGUAACAACAACUAACCUUCUGCUGACUGGGGAACGUGAUCUGGAUGGCUGGCGCCAGUUGCCCACCGCCCGUCUCAACAUCGAGCGCACCGCCCAGCCCGUGAUCUUGGCACAUCCGUCCAGUGCUUCGUUGCAGGCACAGCUCAUUGGCUCACCGCUGUUACUGAAUUCGGCUAACCUGAAUGGAUUGAUCACGACACGCCUCAAUGGCAACGCGGCACGCGCCGGCGCCUCCAUCAGCUGGACCCAGGGAGGACGUUUGCUGGACAACGAGCUGUAUCAACUCGACCGUCUCGAGGAAAAUGACAGCCGUCGUGAAGAGGAACAGCGUCUGGGGAGCGAGGAGCUACGCUCAAUCAGCUCGGAGCGCAACGGCAACCGACGCGCUCAAUGGUAA